CCUGUGCUACCAGUCUGGUGUACUACUACUAGUACUAGUCUCGUGGUUUUCCCCCAUCGUUUCCAAUCUACUCCAAGAAGACCAAGGAGAGCAGUGGGAGGGAGGGAUCAGAGCAAAGAAGCCAUGGGGGUGCAUCCCGUGGCGGAGGCCGACGAACGGAGCCCCUUCGGCCGCCUCACCGCCGAGGAGUACUACGCGCGCCACGGCGUCACGCACUCGUCCUCCACCUUCGUCAACCCGCGGGGGCUCCGCAUCUUCACCCAGCGCUGGGUGCCCAGUGGCGGCGCCCCCGUUCUGGGCGCCAUCGCCCUGGUGCACGGUUUCACCGGUGAGUCGAGCUGGAUGGUCCUGCCCACCGCCGUCCACCUCGCCAAGGCCGGCUUCGCCGUGGGCGCCGUGGACCACCAGGGCCACGGCUUCUCCGAGGGCCUCCAGGCCCACAUCCCGGACAUCGUCCCCGUCCUGGAGGACUGCGAGGCCGCCUUCGCCUCCUUCCGCGCCGACUACCCGGCGCCGCUGCCGUGCUUCCUGUACGGGGAGUCCCUGGGCGGCGCCAUCGCGCUGUUCCUGCACCUGAGGGACAAGGAGCGGUGGCGCGACGGCGUGGUGCUGAACGGCGCCAUGUGCGGCGUGAGCCCCCGGUUCAUGCCGCCGUGGCCGCUGGAGCACCUGCUGUGGGCGGCGGCGGCCGUGGCGCCGACGUGGCACGUCGCCUUCACCAGGGGGAACAUCCCCGCGCGGUCCUUCAAGGUGGAGUGGAAGCGCGCGCUGGCGCUGGCGAGCCCGCGCCGCACCACGGCCCCGCCCCGCGCGGCGACGGCGCUGGAGCUGCUCCGGAUGUGCCGGGAGCUGCAGGCGCGGUUCGAGGAGGUGGAGCUGCCGAUGCUGGUGGUGCACGGCGGCGAGGACACGGUGUGUGACCCGGCGUGCGUGGAGGAGCUGCACCGCAGGGCGGGGAGCAAGGACAAGACGCUGCACAUGUACCCCGGGAUGUGGCACCAGAUUGUCGGCGAGCCGGAGGAGAACGUCGACAAGGUAUUCGGCGACGUCGUCGACUGGCUCAAGGCCCGCGCCUCCGCGGCCGCGGCCACCGGGACCGGCGGCAGCUCGGAGCCCCAGUAGUUGGGUCACGCAUCCGGCGCGGGCGUGUCCGUCAGGUAUACAAUCAGAAUCAGGUGCAUGUGCGCGAGGCAGAAUCGGAGUGGUCACGGGGAUGGUGUGAUGGUGUUUUGUCCAUGUGUGCUUGUGUGUGGUCCGUGGUGAAUUCCAUGUCUGAGUAGUACGGUACGGGCUUAGCAAUAAAAACUUGUUGACUUGUGUUUGAUGAA